UGCUUCUGGAUUUACUCCACGGGACACACUCAGAGAGGAGGAACCCAUGCAAGUGGACGCUACCCGUUUAUCAAAGGAGGAAAGAAUGCGGAGAAUUCAGGCUGGACUUUGUUUCUAUUGUGGCAGAGCAGGCCAUGUGUUGAGAAAUUGUCAACUUUGCCCUUCCCGAGUUCAACGUCAAGUUACUUCAGGCUCGUCCUACGGUGGGCUCUCCCAUGGUUACCAUGGCAACCCGGACCGUCCAUAUGAGCCACCUGCUUCUGACUCGGGAAAGCGUGUGGAAGGGGUUCCACACGCUAAAAGGCCCUGAUAGAUUCCGGAGCCGAGGGGAACUUCAUUAAUGAGCAGCUGGCCAGAAGACUCCAGAUCCCGUUAGAAUGCCUGGAGAACCCAAUGAGACUGUCAGCGGUGGAUGGGACCCCAGUUGGACAAGGAGCCGUAUCCCACACCACCACAUCAGUCAAGCUGAACGUCAGCGCUUUGCACUCAGAGGAGAUCAGGCUACCAACCACCCAUCAUGCCCUGGACAGCCGAACCCUCUGAUAUCCCCGCAGUUGACGAUUGGAUGCGUCGGAGCGAGGAGGUGUGGGAGGAGACUCAUAGGCGCAUUGAGACUGUUCUACAGCGACAGAAACAGCAGGCAGAUCGCCUGCGCCGCGAGACCCCCCUCUAUUCUCCCGGGGAUCGGGUUUGGUUAUCGACCAGGGAUUUCCGGCAGCCAGAUAUGCAUAAGAAGCUCUCAGCUAAGUAUAUUGGUCCCUUUAAGAUUAUCAAAAGAAUUAAUGAGGUCACUUAUCGUCUCGACUUACCGUCUCAUUAUCGUGUAUGCCCUUCUUUUCAUGUUUCUCUACUAAAGCCGGUUAUCCCUGGUCCAUUGGAUGAGACUUCGCUUGGGGCACCUCCUCCUCCUCCAGUGGCUAUGGAAGGUGGUCCAGUUUAUGCAGUGGAACGAUUAUUGGACUCCAGGCGGAGAAGGGGGACCCUGGAGUAUCUUGUGGACUGGAGGGGUUACGGACCGGAGGAGAGAAGCUGGGUGCCGGCAACUGAUGUUCUGGACCCUUUGAUGGUGGAGGACUUUCAUCGGUCUCAUCCGUCCCGUCCUGCACCACGUCCCAGAGGUCGCCCUCGGAGAAGGUCUCCGGUUCCACGAAGGGGUAGACGUCGUGGUUCGGACUCGGUCCAUUCCCUCAGUUCCGUCCGCGGCUCCAGAAGGGGUCGUCCCAGGUCCAGGGUCUCCGUCCAUCCCGUUCCCGCUUCUGGACAGCCUGUCCAGGUUGCCACUGGGGGUGAUGGGGUUGUUUCCUUGUGUCGUCCUCAUCCUUUGUUACCUUCGGACUCUUUGGAGGGGGGUACUGUUACGCAGCCUGGCUCUCCUUCCACACUACCGGACUCUAUUUCCCAGAAUUCCCCAGAUUAUGACAUCAAUAAUAACCCUUCACAUUCACCCAAUCAUGUUACGCUCCGACGCUCUGAUUCACCUGUUUACUAAAUUACUUCCGGUUCAUUCUUAUCUAGAUUCUGUAUUUAAGGCAUCCAUUUGUAAGGAAACACCGCGAGGUAUUGCCAACUCAUGUUGCGUACUAAGCGUUUUCUGGAUUACUGUUUUUGCCUUCUCGUUACGACUCUGUGUUUGGAUUUUCGGUUUAUGUCUUUUGUUUUGCCCUUGUUGGAUUUGGUAUAUGGUUGGACUGUUUUCCGGUUUAGAACUUGGACUGUAUCUUUGACUACGUCUCUGGCCAUCGGUGAGAUUAUUGUUUGUUUUCUGUUAGCAGAACCUGUUAACCUUUCUUAUAAUAAACCUGCCUGUAUUUUUAACUCGGCUCGCGUCACUCCUCUCUACCUGGCG